GCACCGGGUACGUGGUUAGGCGAGGCGAUUUACUACCAGAAAACAUAUGUCCGCCCUGCCUCGAGGAUGCAUGAUGGAGGAGGAUAGAGAAGAAGGCAUCUGUGACAAUCUGGAAGACGAGGAUUGGGAACCCUCAGAUAUUGAAAGUGAGCAAUCGAUCCAAUUUGAACCCGAUGCAGAGGUCCAAAGUGAUAAGGAUCUCGAUAAUCUCUUCAAAUGUAGUCUUUGUCCAAAGAGCUAUACGCGUCAAUCGAAUAUAAAUAGACACAAAAAAAUACACAAUAAAAACACAAUCUCAAGGCACAUAGUCGUACUCACACUGUAG